AUGUUCAAGAAGAAGCCUCAGAUCAAGAAUCUGUCGCCUCUCCGGUCCUCAGAUCGUCGCAAGUUGGCCGACCAAAUAAUCGCGGAUUAUCAGGUCAUCGUACCCUCUGACCAGGAGCAAGAGAAUGCGAGUGAUGCUUCACCAGCGCCGACGUUGUCUUCGAUACGUUCGUCACUCCUGCCAGACAAUCUACAAAGCGCACGCUUCACAACACUUGCCGGAGCGACAGCCACGUUGGUGUCGGGAACAGUAUACGUAGGAUCACACCCCGGCCUCGAAGAACGAAUCCUCUGGAUACAGUAUGGGAAAGAGGUGAGAUUAUAUCCUACGGUCUACACACUGUGGCAGAACCCUGGUUUAGUCCCAUUAUUGCACACACCAGACUUCGUGAUCGAGAAGUUGCAGACGGGUGCAGACCUGAUGACUCCUGGCCUGUUCGGUGGUCCACCAUGGCCUGAAAGAGCCAGUCCUGGCGCUGUGGUUGCCGUUGCUGGGAUGCAGAAUGAUACGGUACCAGUUUGGGUUGGAACGUGCAAAAUAGAUGUCAGUGCAUUAGGUCGAGUGCAAGGUAUGAAAGGCGCCGCGGUCGAGGGCAUACACUGGAAGGGAGACGAACUGUGGACUUGGAGCCAAAGUGGUGUCGGAGGCCGCGCUGCCCCGACGGCGAUCGAAGGCUGGUCAGGCUUGGCCUCGAGGCUGGCCACAGGCAUUGAGGACGCUGAUCUUGACGAUGAUGAGGAGGACGCUGCCCAGGAAGAGGGCGGAGUCUCGCUCGUGGCCCCUCUAGAGGAAGAGCACACAGAAAAUGAGACACAGCAGCCUAAUGGCGACACAGAGCAUGUGCCAACGACACCCGAGGUUGACGCAGCAUUCAAAGAAGCAUUCCUAUUCUCUGUGGUAAGUGCGAAGAAAUCAGGGAGUCCACCUCCCAGGUAUGGUAUCGACUUUCCAAUUGGACAGGCCGGUGUUAUCGACAAAAUGAUCAAGCCAUUCUUGCGGUACGACUCGCCUCACUACACUAUCAAGAACACAUCAUCAAGCGGCGAGACAAGGAUAUAUGAUAUCGACUUCGACGAUCAACAAGUGCUUGUCUUCACGCCAUACUCCCUGCCGACUCCCAAAACGGCAGCUGCGAAACCACCCAACGACAGUAAGACCAGUAAUGGCACACACGCUUCCGACGUCCGGCUUGUAACGCUGUUCCGUCCAUCACCAAAGCUCUAUCCAGAUCUCUUCCCGUCCAAACAUGGCUUCUACUCCGGCGCACAGGUCUCGCAGACACUGAAGACUUACAUAACUGCCAAUCCUGAGCUGUCACAAGGUACAUCCUCAAAACGACAUAUCAAGUUGAAUCCUUUCAUCGCCAACACCAUCCUCAACGGUUCCUCCUCAGAAGACAAUGCCAUACUUGCUGCUGGCGAGAUAGGCCGCGAUGUCCUCUCCCGUCGGAUCUCCGACGACACAAUACUCAUGGCUCCGCAUUGGGUUCUACUACAGCCUCCAGCGUCCAAGGAGUACAAUCCUGCAGAUCCCGCCGCUACACUCUCGGCACACAAUAUCAAGCCGAAGCCGUACCCGCCACCUAGUGUUCUCAUCACGAUCGAGAAACGGACAGGCACGAAGACAGUGACACGAAUCUCCGGUUUCGAGACAUUUGGUCUCAACCCACAGACCUUAGCGCCCGAGCUACAGAAAAAGUGCGCAGGUUCUGCUUCUAUUGGCCAGCUCAUGGGCGGCAAGCCUGGUACGAUGGAGAUCACUGUGCAGGGAGACCAGACCGAUAUUGUCAGAUCAGAGCUGGUCAAGCGAGGCGUCCAUACGGAGUGGGUCCAGGUCGAUGACAAAACAAAGAAGAAGAAGAAGGGCGCGCAGCCUGGUCGGUAG